CCGCGCCGAGCCUGAGCACGUGGGGACGGCCGCUGGGACGGCAGCGGAGUCGGGGUCGGGGCCUGGGCGAAGCCGGCGUGAGGAAUAUAGUUGUCCUGGCACUGUUGCACGAGAAGGGGAGAAUAUACAGCCGGCCAACUCACAGCUCUUAAAAGCAGUUAUCGGUUCUAUAAAGUCCACUAACUUAGCUGUGAUGACCAUGUUCCUAGAGGAAACUUUCGCUACUCCGUGAAGGAAAUUUCUGUUUUCAACUCUCAGGACUUCAAGGACUCUUUUAUUAAAGCACAAAUAAGCAGUGAGGAAGAGGCUAAAUCUGCCUAGUACAAAUAUAUAAAACCGUAAAGGCCCAGCUCAUGGUUCUGCAGAGCUAAUGAAGGACAUCUUAUAGCAAAGUACUCAAGAUUCAUGAUGUUACGGUUACUUGGCAAUCACCACCUUUACUGGGGUCACAUCAAUCUUCUCUUCAGAUAAGUGAUGAUCCUGGAGAUCCGGAUUUCUUAAUACUAUGAAUUGUAUCUUUCCGCAUUUGGUUUCUUCUCUCACCUGUAGAGAACAGACUUUCAGCCACGUCAAAUGAUCUCUGUUGCAAUGACUGAUAGUCCUUUUGCUUGAGUAGUUGGUACAGUCUUAGAGGAGCUUAUCUUUUCUAGGGGCUGUAUAACAGCCUGCUCUCUUUCAAUUGGAUGGUACCCUGGUAGACACAUUAGCAGGUGUUCGUGUUACACUGAAGAGUGUUGUACAAGGAGGGGUGCUUUUAUUGCUGUCCUGAAGAAGAACACAACCGUGUGAGCAGGAUGGAGCGCCUGGCCUCCUUCAGCAACGACCCUUUUGAUAAACCACCUUGCCGAGGCUGCUCUUCCUACCUCAUGGAACCGUACAUCAAAUGUGCAGAAUGUGGGCCUCCUCCCUUUCUCCUGUGUUUGCAGUGUUUCACACGAGGAUUUGAGUAUAAGAAACACCAGAGCGAUCAUACUUAUGAAAUCAUGACGUCAGAUUUUCCUGUUCUGGAUCCCAGCUGGACAGCUCAGGAGGAAAUGGCACUUCUAGAGGCCGUGAUGGACUGUGGAUUUGGAAACUGGCAGGACGUGGCCAAUCAGAUGUGCACAAAAGCAAAGGAGGAGUGUGAGAAACAUUAUAUGAAACACUUCAUCAACAAUCCCUUGUUUGCAUCUACGUUGCUGAACUUGAAGCAGGCAGAAGAGGCACAAAACGCUGACACGGCCAUUCCAUUCCACCCUGCUGAUGAUCCUCCACGACCUACCUUUGAUUCCUUGCUCUCCCGGGACAUGGCUGGGUACAUGCCAGCUAGAGCUGACUUUAUUGAGGAGUUUGACAACUAUGCUGAAUGGGAUUUGAGAGAUAUAGAUUUUGUGGAAGAUGAUUCAGACAUUUUACAUGCUUUGAAGAUUGCAGUUGUAGAUAUCUAUCACUCCAGGUUAAAGGAAAGGCAGAGGAGAAAAAAAAUUAUAAGAGACCAUGGCCUCAUCAACCUCAGAAAAUUUCAGAUUCUGGAGAGACGAUACCCAAAGGAGGUCCAAGACCUUUAUGAAACAAUGCGACGGUUUGCAAGAAUUUUAGGCCCAGUGGAGCAUGACAAGUUCAUUGAAAGCCAUGCACUGGAAUUUGAACUGCGAAGGGAAAUAAAGCGUCUACAGGAAUACAGGACGGCAGGAAUCACUAACUUCUGUAGUGCAAGAACUUACGAUCACCUCAAGAAGACGCGAGAGGAGGAGCGCCUAAAGCGCACGAUGCUUUCCGAAGUCCUCCAGUACAUCCAGGACAGCAGCGCCUGCCAGCAAUGGCUCAGUCGACAAGCUGACAUUGAUUCUGGCCUGAGUCCCACAAUGCCAGUUGCUUCAAAUUCAGGUAGACGGAGCGCCCCCCCACUGAACCUCACGGGUCUCCCAGGCACAGAGAAACUUAACGAGAAGGAGAAAGAGCUCUGUCAGAUGGUGAGAUUGGUCCCUGGAGCCUAUUUAGAAUAUAAAGCUGCUUUAGUGAAUGAGUGUAACAAGCAAGGAGGCUUGAGAUUAGCCCAGGCUAGAGCACUCAUCAAGAUCGAUGUGAACAAAACCAGGAAAAUCUAUGACUUCCUGAUCAGAGAAGGAUACAUCACCAAAGCCUAAAGACACAUGUAGAAGCCCUGGCACGAGUGACAUGUGGAGAUGGCUUUGAAGUAGCUUUGACAGUACUGAAAGUUUUUAAACUUUGUUGAAUCAAGGACACUUCUGUUUUUAUUUUAUUUUUAUUUUUUUGGUAAAAAGUAGGGAACUUCGUCAAAUUGUCUGAAUACUGACAUUUCUUGGUCUAGUUUUCUUUUGACUCUGUUGUAUAAACACUCCUGUUGUCAGUAUUAUGCUGCCAUGUACUUCCGAAAGAGUUGUGUGCCAUAUAAGCUAAUAUUAAAUGUGA